AUGGCUGAUGCCACCACAGAGUCAAAGAAGGUCCUCAGGAGUGCUCCCUGCACUCCUGAGGACCUCACCAACCUGUCCUUGGAGCUUGGGCCCAGACGAGCGACAGCGGCAACACGGGAAGCAGACAUGGAGCAACAGCUCAACAGACCAACAUGGAGCAGGCAGAUAGAGUUCACCCUGGCUGGCAUCGGCUGUGCUGUGGGUCUGGGCAAUGUUUGGAGGUUCCCUUAUCUCUGCUACAGGAGUGGUGGAGGGGCCUUUCUGGUGCCAUACCUUCUAAUGCUGCUGGUGUUGGGGGUCCCCCUGCUCUACAUGGAGCUGACUGUGGGUCAGUACACGAGGAGAGGGCCCGUCCACGCGCUGGCUACCGUCUGCCCACUCUUAAAAGGAGUGGGCAUAGCAUCGGUGGCCAUCUCCUUCAUCAUGUGCAUCUACUACAAUGUGGUCAUCACCUGGGCCCUGUAUUAUCUCUUCAGCUCCUUCCAGGUGCCGCUACCCUGGCAGAACUGCAACAACACCUGGAACACACCAAACUGUACCAACCACGCCACCAACAGCAGUUUAUCCUCCACAGCCAGCCAGGAGUUCUUCAAAUAUAAGAUGCUGGAGCAGACGAGUGGAGUAGAUGAAGCUGGAGUGGUCCGGUGGGAGCUUUUGCUCAUUCUCCUUCUGGCUUGGGUCCUCAUAUACUUUUGCAUCUUUAAGGGGGUGAAAUCGACGGGCAAGGUGGUGUACUUCACGGCUCUAUUCCCAUACGUUAUCCUGAUCGCCCUGCUGAUCAAUAAUGCACAGCUUCCUGGGGCAUUAGAUGGAAUAUCCUUCUUCAUCGUGCCAAAGUGGGACAAGCUGCUGUCAGUGGAGGUGUGGGUGAAUGCUGCAGCUCAGAUUUUCAACUCAAUCGGGAUUGGUUUCGGCUCCCUCAUGGCCAUGUCCAGCUACAACUCCUUCAACAACAACGUGCUGAAGGACACCCUGACUAUAUCCAUCAUCAACUCCGUCACCAGCAUCCUGGCAGGUUUUGUCAUUUUCUCAGCUUUCGGAUACAUGUCCCAUCUGCAGGGCAUCCCUAUCAGCGAUCUGGCCGUGGAUGGUCCAGGACUGGUUUUUAUUGUUUACCCACAAGCCUUUGCCAACAUGCCAGUGUCUCAGCUGUGGGCCGUGAUGUUCUUCUUCAUGCUGCUUUGCCUCGGACUGGACAGUGAGUUUGCAAUGGUUGAAGUGAUGGUGACCAGUCUCAUGGACGAGUUCUAUCACCACCUGAUUACAUUUUUCAAGCGGAAGGAGCUGUUUGUUCUUGCUAUUUGUGGCGCAGCGGGCCUGCUGGGGAUCCCCUGUGUCAUGCAGGUGGGCAUCUAUGUGUUCCAGCUCAUGGACCAUUACACCGCCAUAGUGUCCAUCUUGUUUCUUGCGUUCUUCGAGGUCAUAGCCAUCUGUUGGAAUUAUGGUGUGAAUCGACUUUCAGACAACCUAGAGGAGAUGACUGGGAAAAGACCAAACAUCUUCUUCAGACUCUGUUGGCUGAUAGUUGCUCCUGUGCUGGUCACUGUCAUCCUGAUUUUCUCCAUCAUCCAGUUUAAACCAGCCCGCUAUGGGGACUAUGUCUUCCCUCCUUGGGCUCAGGGGGUCGGCUGGGUCAUCGCCAUGGGCUCCAUCAUCUGGAUUCCUUUGGGUGCUGUUCACACAUUGUGGGUGCUACCUGGCUCAUUCAUGCAGAAACUGAAGCUGUCCGUCACACCGUACGCCCUGAAUGAAAAGCCAAAAAUGCCGUACUAUGAGAGGGGAGGAGGAGAAACACAUCCAGGCAUGGCUGUCAUCAGCUCUGACAUCCAGCUGCCUGAAAAACCUCCUAUUCAGACAAACCUGUGACGGCUCUGUGCUUUGACAAGAGUGGCAAGUUAAUCACAAAGUAUCGUUUGCCGUUAGUUUUAAAUCUUCAACAAAACGUUAAGCAAGCAUACUACAGAAAUGACCUAAAUGAUAUUGAAAAUGUGUUGCUGCAUAUCUGCUAUGCAGAUGUAUUGAAAUAGCCAUUUUUUGUGAGCCUAUUAAUUUAAUUUGUUGUUGUAAAUUUGAGAUUUUGUUGAACUUCUAAGCGUUUUGCUUAUUUUUUUAAUGUGGAAAGAUGUUGUGAAAAGACAGCGUUUAGAAUGACUUGUUGUGUACAUCUUUAGUAUCCGGCCAACACUUCCUGUUGCCACAGAGCUCCAAAUGACAAAUGAGUCCUCCUCAGGGCUUCACACACAUUUCCCGGCCCUCAUUGAUACGGACUCAACUUUGCUAAGGGUGCCAUCUCUUGGCCAUGUCGGCUGAUGCAAGUACGAGUGUUGAUAAAUCUGAGGUCAGGUACUGUGCUUAGAUUUAGUACAUCUAUUUUAACCAAUGAAAUGAAAAGGUAAUGCUACCAUUUAACAUUCCCAGUUCAUACAGCGGAAUCACUUCUGUUAAAACCAUAAACCACUGUG